GCGUCUAAUCUUCUGGCAUAACUAAAGUCUCGACUAUUACUCUGCCUUAUCAUUCUCUCUUCUCCCUUUAACUUAAUACUCAACAUCAUAUAACCUAUUUAUUUUGUGGUGUUGUAUUUCUUUUUCCAGUACUUUAUUCUCUCGACUCCAUUAACAGAGUGCUACGAUAGUAGAGAUAGAGCGUAAAGGAUGUCCACAGAAGAAGAGGAGAAUAUCCCCAACCGCUCGCCAGAAAUGUUGGCUACGGCCAAUAACUCAUUCGUAGAAGAUCCGAAUAAAGUAGCUGCAGCAGUUGUCGAUGAAGCGGAUUUUCAUGAUGCACCCUCAUCCAGUCCAACCAUGAUGCCUACUGAUAUCAGUCAAACGCCUCUUGAGGACAACCGAGUGGCCGAUGAGCAACAACCAAUAUCUUCGCGUCCAACGAAUCCAUCUACUUCUGCCGUUACACUACCAAAAGAAGAAUUUGCUGAGAUUCGUGCCUAUUUUGCAAAUAUAGAGUCAGAUGCCGGUCCAGUAGAAGCAGUAGUCAACGAUACCAUUGAAAUAAAGCCGUCAACAUCAUCUGAACCAGCGGACGCGCCUACACGGUCCAUACUACCGCAACUGACCGCUUCAGAAGGUCAAAUAAUGAUGGAGGGGAAAAAAGCCCGACGCCCAAGCAGCCGAGCCACUUUAGAGUCUUUUUCUACUUCAGAUGUUCUUGACGUGGAUGUAUCGGCCACUGUGUUGGAAACGGACGACAGCCGUUACAUGACGUAUGCUUCUUCUGCAGAAGACAUGCUUGCCUUACUCGAGGCUCGUAAAUACUCGAACCAAAUACAGAUGAAGAACACAAUGGCACAAAGUUCAGGCGCAUCCUCUGUACGCAGUAGCAUUCUAGUGGACAAAAAGAAUAGAGCAUCCGCUGCUUUCCUGGCACCUGAAUUGAUCAAUCCACUGGAAGGCUACACGUCCACCACAACGGAACCCGCGGAUUAUCCGGCAUGGGGUCCACACGACUGUUUACCUGUGACACUGGAAGAGAUAGAUGCCGUUUUCAAUGACAUGGCCCACACGUUUGGGUUCCAAAGAGAUAAUAUUCGCAAUAUGAGUGAGCAUUUGAAGGUCAUGCUUGAUUCACGCGCGUCACGAUUAGCACCACAAAUCGCACUGGAUACUUUACACGCCGAGUAUAUCGGUGGGGAGCAUGCAAAUUAUCGCAAAUGGUAUUUUGCAGCGGAAAUGGAUGUGUAUGAUGCCACAGAAGAGGAAAAGGCACGGACAGCGUAUGCCACGCAAGGGCUCAAAUGGACGGAGCAAAUGCAAUUAAAACGUGCUCAAGCGCAAUGGGAUGAAUGUAUGCGCCAGUUAACCAAUAUGGAAAAGCUACAGCAUCUUGCGCUUUAUCUGUGUAUAUGGGGUGAAGCAGGCCCCCUCCGUUAUACGCCGGAAGCGCUUUGCUUCCUCUUUAAAGUGGCUUCUGAUCACUACUUUUAUUUAAAGAGGGCACCUGCCGAUGAAGAAGACCCCAACGCCAGCGCAGCCAUGCCCGAAGGUGCGUUUUUGGAUACACUCAUCACGCCCUUUUACCAUUUUUUCAGAGAUCAGAUGUACAAAGUUCACAAUGGAAAGUAUUUAAAGCGAGAACGGGACCAUGACAAAGUGAUAGGCUAUGACGACGUCAAUCAGUUCUUUUGGCACUUUACCUGCCUCGAUAGAAUACGGCUACCCGCUGCUCAGCAGCAGGAUACCAAAACAAAAUCAGCGCGUCAACAGCAGUCCUCCAUCGGCCAACUACCAGCCCACCAGCGUUAUGCGGCCUUGAAGGAUGUCGAUUGGAAAAAUACAUUUGAAAAAACGUACAAGGAAAAACGGUCUUGGAUGCAUGCCUCGAUCAACUUUGCUCGUGUGUGGGUCAUUCACAUUGUGACCUUUUGGUACUAUAUCAUGGCCAACGCCUAUCCUCUGUAUCUUCAUCCUGACCCAGAGAUGGCAGAGAAAGAAAAACCUGUACAAAUAUCCAUGGUGGCUCUCGGCGGUGUCGUAGCGUGUUUACUUUUCAUCAUUGGCUCCUGUGCUGAGCUGGCCUAUAUACCAUUCACGUGGCGUAAUGCAAAAUGUGUGCUACGGCGCAUGGGCUUUCUUGUUUUACUUGCAGUGAUCAAUGGAGGCCCUACCUACUAUUGUGUCUACAUGAAUAGGACGAGUCGGAUGUCUUUGCUUACUUCGGUUGCUCAACUGUUGGUGAGCGUGGCUACCACGCUUUAUCUGGCUGUGGUUCCCUCGGCGCGAUUGUUCAUGCGCAAAUCCAUGGUGACACGGGCUGAACUGGCCAAUGAGCACUUUACCGCCAGCUUUCCGUCUUUGAAACGGAUUGACCGUAUCAUGUCGAUUUGUUUGUGGGUAUGUGUCUUUGGAUGUAAACUACUCGAGUCCUAUUUCUUUUUAGCUCUUUCCUUCAAAGAUCCCCUCAAAGUGAUCAGCUCGAUGACCAUCACCCACUGCCAUAAGGAUGCGAUUGUGGGCCUUCUUAUCUGUGAGCACAUGCCACGUAUCACGAUUGUCCUCAUGUUGAUCAUGGAUAUGGUGCUGUAUUUCUUGGAUACGUAUCUUUGGUACGUCAUUUGGAACACUAUUUUUUCCGUGGCUCGAUCGUUCUACCUAGGCAUUUCGAUUUGGUCGCCGUGGAGAAACAUCUUUGCGAGACUGCCUCAGCGUAUUCAUGUCAAGCUGUUGGCGACGAAUGAUAUUCCUCUCAAGGUCAAGCCCAAGCUUUUAUGCUCUCAGAUCUGGAACGCGAUUGUGGUGACCAUGUACAGAGAACAUUUAAUCAGUGUCGAUCAUCUACAGCGAAUGCUUUACCAACAGGAAGUAGAUGCACUUCAUGGUCAACGUACUUUGAAAACGCCCGCGUUUUUUGUUUCGCAGGAAGAUACUUCCUUUAAAACAGAAUGCUUUCCUCAAAAUGGGGAGGCGGAUCGACGUAUUCGGUUUUUUGCUCAAAGUCUGACGACGCCGAUGCCUCAGCCUCAUCCUGUGGAAUGCAUGCCUACGUUUACCGUGCUGACGCCUCAUUACGGCGAAAAGAUAUUGCUCUCUCUCCGAGAGAUUAUCAAGGAAGAAGACAACAGUACGCGCAUUACUUUGCUUGAAUAUUUAAAAAAGCUCCACGGUGUGGAAUGGCAUCAUUUUGUGCAGGAUACAAAGAUGCUCGCGCAUGGCAGUGAAGAAGCCAUUCGAUUAGGCGCUAUCAUCGACAACAAUGACGGGGAACAGGAAGGGGAAAAGAACGAGGCCGCGGUCCAUAUAGGCGACAUAGGAGGCCAUCGACGCACAGACUCUCAAGUAUCCGCUGCUUCGACCGUGUUGACAGCCGCCACACUGUACAGCCGAAAAGAAGAGACGGCCAAAAAUGAUGAUGUCCCUUUUUAUUGUAUAGGUUUCAAACACGAUAAACCUGAAUUUACGCUGCGUACACGUAUAUGGUCUUCGCUCCGAGCUCAGACAUUGUACCGUACGGUGUCUGGUUUCAUGAACUACAAAAGAGCCAUUCAAAUUCUCUUUCGCGUCGAACGACCCGAUAUUGUGAAGCUGUAUGAAGACGACAAAAAGAAACUCAACCGUGAUCUGAAUCGCUUGGCGCACCGCAAAUUUCGGUUCCUCGUGGCGAUGCAACGUUAUGCUAAAUUCAGCCCAGCGGAAGCAGAAGAUGCCGAGCUUUUACUCAAGGCGUUUCCCCAACUGCAAAUAGCGUACAUUGACGAAGAAGAAGGAGAAGGAGGCGAGACCAUUUAUUAUUCUUGCCUGAUUGACGGGCUGUGUGAUUAUGUCGAGGGCAGCCAUGGGCUCAAACGUCAGCCUCGUUUCCGUAUCCGUCUCGCGGGCAAUCCUAUUUUGGGCGACGGUAAAUCUGACAACCAGAACCAUGCCAUUGUUUUCUAUCGCGGUGAAUUUUUGCAGUUGGUGGAUGCAAACCAAGACAAUUACCUGGAAGAAUGCUUGAAAAUACGAAAUGUGCUGAGCGAAUUUGAAAAUCUCGAACCGACGUCUACCUCACCGUACUCGACGCACUAUGAAAAAUCCAACAAGGCGCCGGUAGCGAUUGUGGGAGCGCGUGAGUAUAUCUUUUCCGAGAACAUCGGUGUGUUGGGCGAUGUAGCAGCGGGUAAGGAGCAGACGUUUGGUACGUUGACGCAACGUAUCAUGGCCAAGAUUGGCGGUAAACUGCACUAUGGCCAUCCAGACUUUUUAAAUGCGAUCUUUAUGACGACACGCGGCGGUGUAUCGAAAGCGCAAAAGGGGCUUCAUCUGAACGAAGACAUUUACGCUGGCAUGAACGCUUUUACGCGUGGUGGACGUAUCAAGCAUACCGAGUAUUUCCAAUGCGGUAAAGGACGUGAUCUCGGGUUUGGGUCCAUUCUUAACUUUACCACCAAGAUAGGGACAGGCAUGGGCGAGCAAAUGCUGUCACGAGAAUACUACUACAUCGGUACGCAAUUGCCUCUGGACCGUUUCUUGACGUUUUAUUAUGCUCAUCCUGGUUUCCACAUCAACAACAUUUUCAUCAUGAAGUCCGUGCAACUCUUUAUGCUGGUGAUUUUGUUUGUCACUGCCAUGGCGACGUCGUUGACGAUCUGUGAGUACAACCAGGACGCCCCGGAUGCGCCUCUGACACCCGAGGGGUGUUAUAAUCUGAUUCCCAUCAUCGAAUGGGUCAAGCGGUGCAUCAUGUCUAUUUUUGUCGUGUUCUUUGCGGCGUUUUUACCGUUGUUCUUGCAGGAGCUGACGGAACGUGGGUUUUGGCGCAGUCUGACACGUAUGGCACGGCAUUUCAUGUCACUGUCUCCCUUGUUUGAAAUUUUCGUGACUCAAAUCUACACGCAUUCGGUGCUGGAAAACUUGAUCUAUGGUGGAGCGCAAUACAUUGGUACGGGCCGUGGUUUUGCGACGUCGCGGCUGUCUUUUGCCCUUUUGUAUUCACGCUUUACAGGGCCUAGUAUCUAUGUAGGGGCAAGAAACCUGAUUAUUAUGCUGUUUGCUUCUCUGGCCUACUGGUUGCCUCAUUUGAUCUAUUUCUGGUUGACGGUCGUGGCUCUCAUUGUCUCCCCUUUUGUGUUUAAUCCCAACCAGUUUAGUCGUCUCGACUUUUUGAUUGAUUACAAAGAGUUUAUUCGCUGGCUGUCCCGGGGCAAUUCGAAACCCCAUGCUCAUUCGUGGAUCAGCCAUACGCGAGCAGGACGAGCGCGUAUCACGGGUUACAAACGCUAUGCCAAGGCAGGUACAGGUGCUGCCGCUACGACAGUGCGUGGAGACACGCCUCGUGCCAGCCACGCCGCUAUUUUUGUGUCUGAAAUUCUAUUUCCCCUUUUUUAUGCGAUGCUAUGUACGAUUCCUUAUAUUUUUGUCAAGAGUUUUGAUACAGAAGAGGGCGCGACGACGCAGCAGCAGCAGCAGGGUAGGACAGCAACAACGGGCGCACAACCUAGCCCUCUGAUUCGCAUUGGCGUUCUCUCUUUUGCUCCUCUUUUGCUGAAUGCGCUGGGUUUAUUGAUGUUUUUUGGUGUGUCGAUCGGGGUGGGUUCCAUUGUGAGUCUCUGGUCCAGCAAGUUUGGCAGUGUCAUUGCGGCGACGACGCAUGCGUGGUCCGUCAUGGGUCUGAUGGUCAUUUUUGAAGUGCUGUUCGUUUUGGAAAACUGGAAGUUGACGCAUGUCGUGUUGGCGAUGGUAGCGAUGGUGUCCAUUCAACGUUUUGUAUUGAGAGUUUUGACCAUUCUUUGCUUGACAAGAGAAUUAAAGCAAGACGAAGCCAACCGAGCCUGGUGGACUGGCAAGUGGUAUGGACGUGGGCUUGGAUGGCACGUCAUUACACAACCGGGUCGAGAAUUUGUCUGUAAAAUGAUUGAAAUGUCUGAAUUUUCCACUGAUUUUAUUCUUGGACAUAUUAUCUUGUUUUUCCUGUCUGUGUUUCUCCUUGUACCUUACAUAGAUACUUUACAUUCACUGAUGCUGUUCUGGCUGCGACCUUCGAAACAAUUUCAUGCUCCUAUUUGGACGGCCUCACAAAAGAGAAAACGGAUGCGCGUGGCGAUUUGUUACGGCAUUUUAUUUUAUAGUUUAUUCCUCAUUUUUGCGUGUCUCGUGAUAGGACCGCUCAUGGUGGGGCAACCCAUCUUGUCCAAAAUGAUACCUAAAAGUUUAAGAACUGCAAUAUAAACAGAGAGAGAUAUAUAUAUAUAUAUUAUGUAUUAAAAAGGGGGGGGGAUCCAAUAGGAUUGCAUUCCUCUACACGCGAAAAAAAAAAAUAAAAUUUUUUGAUCUGGUUCUAGGUCCUACUCGUUUGGCGACGUGACAGAACUUGGCGGGCCAAAUAAAAAAGAAAAAAACAAUUUUUUUUUCCCACUGAAACUUUU